CUGCGAGGGGCCAGUGCGGGCCGCACUCGCGGGGCCCGUGGCGGGUCAGGCGCCAGAGCUGGCCGAUCGGCGUUGGCCGCCGACAUGACGCCCGAGGACCCAGAGGAAACCCAGCCGCUUCUGGGGCCUCCUGGCGGCAGCGCGCCCCGCGGCCGCCGCGUCUUCCUCGCCGCCUUCGCCGCUGCCCUGGGCCCACUCAGCUUCGGCUUCGCGCUCGGCUACAGCUCCCCGGCCAUCCCUAGCCUGCAGCGCGCCGCGCCCCCGGCCCCGCGCCUGGACGACGCCGCCGCCUCCUGGUUCGGGGCUGUCGUGACCCUGGGUGCCGCGGCGGGGGGAGUGCUGGGCGGCUGGCUGGUGGACCGCGCCGGGCGCAAGCUGAGCCUCCUGCUGUGCUCCGUGCCCUUCGUGGCCGGCUUUGCCGUCAUCACCGCGGCCCAGGACGUGUGGAUGCUGCUGGGGGGCCGCCUCCUCACCGGCCUGGCCUGCGGUGUUGCCUCCCUAGUGGCCCCGGUCUACAUCUCCGAAAUCGCCUACCCAGCAGUCCGGGGGUUGCUCGGCUCCUGUGUGCAGCUGAUGGUCGUCGUUGGCAUCCUCCUGGCCUACCUGGCAGGCUGGGUGCUGGAGUGGCGCUGGCUGGCUGUGCUGGGCUGCGUGCCCCCCUCCCUCAUGCUGCUUCUCAUGUGCUUCAUGCCCGAGACCCCGCGCUUCCUGCUGACUCAGCACAGGCGCCAGGAGGCCAUGGCCGCCCUGCGGUUCCUGUGGGGCUCCGAGCAGGGCUGGGAAGACCCCCCCAUCGGGGCUGAGCAGAGCUUUCACCUGGCCCUGCUGCGGCAGCCCGGCAUCUACAAGCCCUUCGUCAUCGGCGUCUCCCUGAUGGCCUUCCAGCAGCUGUCGGGGGUCAACGCCGUCAUGUUCUAUGCAGAGACCAUCUUUGAAGAGGCCAAGUUCAAGGACAGCAGCCUAGCCUCGGUCGUCGUGGGUGUCAUCCAGGUGCUGUUCACAGCUGUGGCAGCUCUCAUCAUGGACAGAGCAGGGCGGAGGCUGCUCCUGGUCUUGUCAGGUGUGGUCAUGGUGUUCAGCACGAGUGCCUUCGGCGCCUACUUCAAGCUGACCCAGGGUGGCCCUGGCAACUCCUCGCACGUGGCCCUCUCGGCGCCUGUCUCUGCACAGCCUGUUGAUGCCAGCGUGGGGCUGGCCUGGCUGGCCGUGGGCAGCAUGUGCCUCUUCAUCGCCGGCUUUGCGGUGGGCUGGGGGCCCAUCCCCUGGCUCCUCAUGUCAGAGAUCUUCCCUCUGCAUGUCAAGGGCGUGGCGACAGGCAUCUGCGUCCUCACCAACUGGCUCAUGGCCUUUCUCGUGACCAAGGAGUUCAGCAGCCUCAUGGAGAGAAAAUGUCCAAGAAGCCAAGAGAAGGCCUUCGAGGAGGGAGAGGUCACCAGGUCCCAGAGGACCAGGAGCUGAGAAGCACCUUUUUAGUUCUGGCACGUGGGAGAUCACAGUGAUGGUGGAUGGCAGGGACAGGUUCUGACUGAAGGGGACAGCUCACUCCUGCCUCCAUGCCACUAGCCCCAAGAGUCCCCAUGUGCUCCUGGGGCCAUGCUCGCUUUGCCCUGUCUCACCCGUUUCCACCACACUAUGAAAGAACCCCCCGGGGGCCUCAGGGUGGGGCCAAAGCUGAGGGUGGAGGGUUGGUCUGUGGGCCCUGGAGUCAGACCUGGAACAGGAGCCCAGCUGUCACUGGAUAGCGGGUCUCUGGCCUUGAGGCAGUCACUUCAUUGCUGUGAGCCUCAGUUUCCCCAGCCAUACGACCUCGGUAUCUUGGACAGUGCUCAGCCCAAGCCACCAGACUGGAUGCCAGACUAUCCUCCAUGUCCCAGAGCUGGGUGGAGAUAAAAUGGGUGUGGCCUUGGGCAGGGCAGGCUGGGGUCAGGGGACUGGACCCCCUGGUGGCAGAGCUGUCUCAGUGAUCGCGUGGGGCCUCCUGAUCUCUCCCCGCAUCCACCCAUGGCCUUUCCUCUCUCUGCAGGAGGUCCUCAGGCCCUAUGGAGCCUUCUGGCUUGCCUCCGCUUUCUGCAUCUUCAGUGUCCUUUUCACUUUGUUCUGUGUCCCUGAAACUAAAGGAAAGACUCUGGAACAAAUCACAGCCCAUUUUGAGGGGCGAUGACAGCCACUCACUAGGGGAUAGAGCAAGCCUGUGACUCCAAGCUGGGCCCAAGCCCAGAGCCCCUGCCUGCCCCAGGGGAGCCAGAAUCCAGGAGCACAGCCCCUUGGAGCCUUGGUCUGCAGGGUCCCUCCUUCCUGUCACGCUCCCUCCAGCCCACGACCCGGGGCUAGGAGGCUCACUGCCUCCUGUUCCAGCUCCUGCUGCUGCUCUGCGGACUCGGGAACACCUUCGAGCUUUGCAGACCUGCGGUCAGCCCUCCAUGCGCAAGACUAAAGCAGCGGAAGAGGAGGUGGGCCCUAGGAUCUUUGUCUUCUGGCUGGAGGUGCUUUUGGAGGUUGGGUGCUGGGCAUUCGGUCGCUCCUCUCACGCGGCUGCCUUAUUGGAAAGGAACUUUGUUUGCCAAGUAAAGACUGACACAGAAAAUCA